ACGCAGCACCGUUUCCGAGGAACAGCCUGUUUCCCGCUCCAUUCUUCAGGAGCUCUGAACGCAGCUCAGGUUCCAGUACAGUGAGGAGGAUUGAACUUUUGCCCUCUUCGCUGAGCAGAGACCAUGGCCGAGCCUCCUGUCAUCAUCUGGCAGCAGGAAGUUGAAAGUGUGCUCCGUUACAGGGACCUGGUCCCCCGUCUGGAGGACGCUUUGGGGAAGUUCUCCCGGCGGGACCGCGCCGAGGUGGUCCAGCCUGUGCGCGCCGCGGUGCCGCUUCAGAAGCACAGCGGCUUCAUGGGGCUCAUGCCCACAUACAUGGAGAACGACGGAGUGCUGAGCACAAAGUUUGUCUGUUUCUACAAGAGAGAGAAAGGAUCCACUUUGCCAGCCGUUCAGGCCACCGUGGUUCUGCUGGACCCAGAACGUGGGAACGUCAAGGCUGUGAUGGACGGGGAGGUCAUCACGACCAUGAGGACCGCUGCCGUCUCAGCCAUCUCCGCUAAGCUGCUGAUGGCGUCCGGAGCAGAGGUUCUGGCCAUCCUGGGGACCGGCACACAGGCUCUGAGUCACUAUAACAUCUUUACUGAGAUGUUUUCUUUUAAAGAGGUUCGCGUUUGGAGCCGGACUAAAGAGAAUGUGGAGAGGUUUGUCCGCUCAGUGGGAGGCGGUGUGAGAGGAUGCGGCUCGGCGGAGGAGGCGGUGAGGGGAGCAGACGUCAUAGUGACGGUGACCGGAUCCACGGAGCCGGUGCUGCACGGUCAGUGGGUCAAAGCAGGAGCACAUGUGGCAGCUGUGGGAGCCUGCAGGCCAGACUGGAGGGAGCUGGACGACGUGCUGAUGAAGAGCGCUGUGGUGUACGCGGACAGCAGGGAGGGGGCGCUGUCGGAGUCUGGUGAUGUCAUCCUUUCAGGGGCUCAGGUGUUUGCAGAACUGGGAGACGUUAUCAACGGAACCAGACCUGCUGAAAGGGAGAAGACCACCGUCUUCAAGUCUCUGGGAAUGGGAGUGGAGGAUGCAGUGUCUGCUCAGCUGGUGUUUGACCAGUGGACAGCUAAACAAACCAAACCAUGAGAUUUGUUCUUGAUUUCUGACGUCUCAGCUGGAACUUUACGGUCACAGAGGUGGAGGCAGACGGCAGUGUGUCCGAGGUUUUAGUUUAGUACGAACCAACACUGACCAAACUGCUGUCUGCCGGUCACUUCCAGUCUCUGACAUCAGCUCUGGACCGGUCCAAAUCUGACCCAGCAGAGCUGGCAGCUGGCAAAAAUGUUGGCACUUUUAAAAUAUUUCGAAGCAGUAUUUUCCCUGACAAAAUCAAAAUAGAGUGUAGCACAAAUGUUUUGUCUUUUAACCACAUAUUUUUCUUUUAGUUUAAUUUAAUAAAAAAAAAAACUAUUCAGUUUUGUCACUUCAUAAACUGAAAUCCAAAAAGGAAACAAAUAAUCCUGCAAAAACAAUAAAAAAUAAUAAUAAACAAUGCCAGGCAUGUAUAGACAUCACUCAAGAUCAAAAUGUGUAUAAAAGAAUUAAAAAUCAAUCCACUUUUUGUUUGUGUUGAACGCUGUCUGGGAGCCUUUUCUGCUUCCUCCUCCCAGGCUUCAUGUAAACAAGCAAUAGAAAACUAGUUUGGGGCUCAACUGGUAGAUGACUUGUUUCCCCACAGGUUGGUUGCCCUGGGUAGGGAGCCUUAGUCUUACCAUUGAACAGCUGCUGAGUGCAACUGGAAUGAGCUGAACAGCUUUGAAUAAAAUGUCUUCAUGUUCACAUCAACAGAAACCUUUUGGUUGGCAAAUUUCCCAGAAACCUGGUUUAAGAAAAUAAAAUUACCGGGAACAAAAGUCAUAAUAUUUCGAGAAUAAACUCAUACAGGAGUAAAGUUAUAGUAUUACAAGAAUAAAAUCACAAUAAUAAGAAAAUAAAGUUGUAAUAUUGCAACUUUAUUCCUGUAAUAUUCCAGGUUUUUUAUCAUUUUAUGAUUUUAUACUCAUAAUACUAUGACUUUUUAAAAAUAAAAUUAU